AUGAACCCCGGGUACCCCCCGGAGGCUCCGGCCGAGCCCCCCAAAGCCCCGGCGGGCUCGGCGGCCUCGGCCCCGCUGCCCUACGGUUAUUUCGGCAGCGGAUUCUACUCGUGCCGCGUGUCCCGGAGCUCGCUGAAAGCCGGGCCCGCUCCUCAGGGGCCUUUCCCCAACGACAAAUACCUGGAAGCGGCUUCGGGAAGCGAGGAUUUCCAGAGCCGCCCCGCAGAGUUCGCCUUUUACCCCGGUUACGGAGCCCCGUACCAGCCCGUGCCCGGCUACCUGGACGUGGCGGUGGUGCCCGGGCUGGGCGAGCCCCGGCCCGAGGCUCUGUUGCCCGUGGACGGUGGCUACCACCAGCCCUGGGCGCUGGGAGGAGGCUGGGGAGGGCAGAUGUGCUGCCCCAAGGAGCAGGGCCAGCCCGGCUUCCUCCUCAAAUCCGCCUUCGCAGAGCCGCAGGAGGGCUGCGCGCUCCGGCGGGGCCGCAAGAAGCGCGUUCCGUACAGCAAGGGGCAGCUGAAGGAGCUGGAGAAGGAAUUCGCGAGCAGCAAAUUCAUCACCCGCGACAGGAGGAGGAAAAUCUCGGCCGCCACCAACCUGAGCGAGAGGCAGAUCACCAUCUGGUUCCAGAACCGCCGCGUCAAGGAGAAAAAAGUGGUGGCCAAAAUUAAAAACAGCGCCGGAGGAACCCCCUGAGAACCUCCCCCAACCCCAAAAAAUUAAUUAGGGGUGAAUUUCGCU